AUGAAUGACAAAGUCGAGAAUAGUUGGAAGAAAGUCUACGGAUUUUGCGGAGAACUCCUGCACCGCUCACAAGCCAACUCCGGUGCAAGGUCAUUUGAAACGGCUCAAGUCUAUCCCCAAUUUCGCACUUUCUCGAACAAAAAUCCAUUGGACUCUCACUUCAUGGAAUACUCUCCGCCACCACCGAGCGCGCAAACACACUUCCACGAUGAGAAGAUACACAUAAUUCUCGCGGCCAGCGGAUCGGUCGCUACAAUCAAAUUGCCGAACAUCGCUCAAGCGCUUAGUCGUCACCACAAUGUGUCUAUUCGUAUUAUCGUCACCAAGUCAGCGGAGCGCUUUUUAGAUGGACAGAGCCUGGAACAGCCUUCAUUAGAAGCUCUGCGAGCAGUCCCAGGUGUUGAGGCUAUUUACAGAGAUGAAGAUGAGUGGAAGAAUCCCUGGACUCGUGGCGAACCGAUACUCCACAUAGAACUUAGGAAGUGGGCGCAUUUAUUGCUUGUUGCGCCCCUCUCGGCUAACACCAUGGCUAAGAUGACCAUGGGGAUAGCCGACAACCUUCUACUCUCGGUGAUAAGAGCAUGGGAUACGACCGGGAUGGUGGAUGGCAACUUGAAGACUAAGAAGCCGCUUAUCUUUGUUGCUCCAGCAAUGAACACGGCAAUGUGGAAUCAUCCCAUCACUGGCAAACAGAUUGAGAUUUUAGAGAAGGAAUGGGGUGUGAAUAAUUCAAGCAAGGAUGGCUGGGUUUCCGUUCUUCGGCCCAUGGAGAAGCACCUUGCUUGUGGCGACACUGGCAAUGGUGCCAUGAUGGAUUGGGAGGCUAUAGUCUGUGUCGUGGAGCAGUAUAUCGGUGUUCAAACACGAAGGCGUUCGAACAUUACAGGGUGAGUUGGUCAAUAAAGCCUGCAAAGGUACGGCUCGUUCUCUGAAUUUCCUUAGCAAUGCGACUCUGUGGCUUCAUGAUAGAAGCCAGUGCAUUGCGCGAUAUAUUCCAGGAGUAGCCCCACAGUGAUACCGCCGCCAGUAAAGAGACAGCCAUUUUUGAACCACCACCAGCAGUCCUGUACAUUCUUUAGCUGAACUUUCCAGAUCAUCGCGGCAAGGGAAAGAGCUGCGCUGCCGCAGCUGCCGACAAAGAAAAUAGGUCCACUACCAGCCGCGACGCCAGCUGCAGCAAGCAGCGAUAUUUGGACUCCUGCCAAUGCACCGAGGACAGCUUUUGUAUUUUUCUCGUGACGAAGAGCAAUUGACUUGAUGCCGGCCGCUACAUCAUCUUUUAUGUCCAUAUGUGCAUAUAUCAUAUCGUAUAGAAUUGUCCAGGCGACACAGCUAGAAUAGAGAGCAGCAGCUGCUUCCAGGGCAG